GGACUGGCCUGGAGUUACUCUGAGAUAAUUUAGCAGUACUGAUAAUCCCUAGUUCCGUAGACGAAAUGCCGACCUGGGUGAUCGUCGGUGCCUCACGCGGUAUUGGAUACCAAUACCUCAAAACACUCUCAUCCGAACCCUCAAACACAGUAAUCGGUAUCGCGCGCACCAUCGCUCCAGUCGAAGCGAACCUAGCCAAGGACAACCUGCAAAAUGUUCACAUCAUACCCGGCGACCUAACUGACUCUGCCUCUCUCUACGCAGCUGCAGAAAAGGUCUCUAGCAUCGCGAACGGCACCGUCGACUACCUCGUCGUAAACGGCGCCCACGUAUCUAUUUCAACCCUCGGCCUCCUCCCAGGCGCCUGCACCGACUCAGCUACCGAAGCCCUUCUUCUUUCUGAGCUCGACAUCUGCAUGCGCACCAACGUGAUGGGCGCAUUAUACAGUAUCAACGCAUUCAUGCGCCUCCUUCUGAAGUCUGAUGUAAAGAAAGUCGUGUGUAUUUCGAGUGGCGCAGCCGAUACAGAGAUUUACGACAAGUGCGAUAUGAAAGAUCAGUUGCCGUAUUGUAUGAGUAAGGCUGCGCUUAAUGUUUUGGUUGCGAAAUUUGCGGCGCAGUAUAGGGGGGAGGGAGUGAAGUUUUUGGCGUUGAGCCCGGGGUAUGUUCUUUCGAUUGCGGAAAGUUUGGAUCAAAUGCCGCCUCAGCUGGUUGAGAUUUUCGAUAAGUUAACGGAGGGGUUUAAGAAGAUUAAUCCAGAUCUGAAAGGCCCGGUGAGCCCAAAAGAAAGCGUAGGACAACAGUUGAAGGUUAUUGAAAAUUUGACACUGGAGCAUUCGGGGGAAUUCCUAAGUCAUUUAGGAAAUAAGCAGUGGGUAUAGUGCUCAUAAAUUGUCAGCUCUGGCGACACAUUGGAGGUAGAAAUCAACGAUCAGAUUGUCGCAAACACAGAUAGUCAGCCGUGAGAUAGUUAGAAUAAGGGAGUUCCGUCG